AUGUUUACAUGACUUAAUACAUGUGUACAUAACAAUCUUGCACCAGACUCUGUACAUUUGGAAGCCAUCCAACUAUAAAGUGGUAAACAGGAAGUGUGUCUGUCACCUACUAACUCAAGUACUGGGCAAAGCUAUCAUAGGAAUUUGGACUCAUUAAAACAAGGGGUUAAAUUUAAAGCCUUGUACAUGUAUGUAUUUCAUGGACAAAGGCCAUGUACUGGACAUACAUAUAGGCAUUUGUGAUAAUAUGGCAUAUUAAACAUUUCUAGGGGUGUUCAACUUUAAUAAGCACACUUCCAUUUUGCUUCGUGUGAGCACUAGUUAGCAGAAAUUGACAGAUACGAACAAUCUAUGUUCUUGUUGGAAGAAUUGCAAGAUUUUAGAACCCAACAGUUUACUGCAUUUAUAGACAUACCUUGUGAGUUAGACUUACAAAUGUACAGAGCAGUGUUGUGACCACAGUAUUUCAAUCAAACUUCAUAGUUCAAGAGCAAGACCAUAGUUCAGAUCAGAAAACAUCUGCACUUGGUUGUAAAAGGAAACUUUAUCCUGGAGUGAACUGAAUGUCCAAAUAUACACUGAUAGCUGAGGGGUCAGUGUCCUGGGCUGCUGUGUAACUGGAUAGUGUGGAUCAUUCUAGACGGCCUCUAGUCACUGGUAGAUGACUCAGAUUUUCAGGAUUUCAUACGUGUAGAUGUUGACUUUGAAGUGUAUUUAGUUUGUGAUGAAAUUUAAAUGCUUAUGAAACGUGUGAAUUACAAAAUCUGGGCUUUUUCAAAAAGAUUUUAAUAAGUACAUGUAGUAUUAUAUGACAGUAAUACAUUGGCACUCUUUUAUUUUUAUGACAGACAUCUGACACAGAUUUUUAGAAUUUCAUUCAUGUAUUGUUUAAACUGAUCAACUUCUAUCUGGUAAUUAUAUAAAGAGGGCUACUUUAAAUUUAUAUCUCUAAGAUCUACAGUUACAGUACAUGAAGAUUGCCAAUGUAUAAAGAGAACAAAAACAAGAAGCGAUUAUACGCCAAUGAUUCGUUACGUCUUGUUGACAGAAUGUCAGCUGUGACCUUGGAAUGGUGCCAAGGUCAUUCUAUUGACAACAACUGUACUUAAGAUGGUUCUAGAAACUUCCAAGGCAUCUCUUUGCCGAACAGCUGACUGCAAGACUUAGUGUUAUCUUGGCCUUGAGACUUAUUUUUAGCUUUCGCUAAUCACUAUGUGCUGAUGGUUCAGGCUUCAAGUUGAAAACAAAAUGGCACAUUCAAUUAUUACUGUAGCAUAUUAUUCGUUAAGACUUGAGUGGCAAGUGUUAGUCAAGACUUUUAGAGAAAGAAGUUCAGAGGUUGCGUUCUAUAGGUAGGGUCAAUGCAUUAGAAGGGUAAAACUUGGGCAAGUAAAGAAAAUUUUGAUGAAUUUCUGGUCUCUAACAUAUUCCACACAUUUUAAAUCGUGUUAGUCAAGACUUUAAGAUCAGAGAAAGAAGUUCAGAGGUUGUGUUCUAUAGGUUCUAUAGGUAGGGUCAGUCUUGGAAGGGUAAAAGUUAGCCAUUAAAGUAAAGCAAAUUUUGAUUAAUUUCUGGUCAGUAACAUCAUACACAUUUUAAAUGGACAGAAUGGUUCUCCAUCGCUGCACCACUUGGGGACACCCCUGUUAUGAGUGCCAAGUUCGGAGUUGUUGACAGAAUCUCAGCUUUAAGCCCUGGAACAAAGCCAAGUUGGUGUCAGAGACAGCACAGGAAAGAGUGAUUGCAUCAGGGCGAGGUGUUAACUCAGGGUGUGCGGCUGCUCUGAGGAUGCAGAUUUAUAUGUACAUAUCUGACCUCUUUGGUGCUAUGUAAUGCUUCAUCCUGGAGCCAAAACUACAUGUGACAAUGAUAUUGGCACCGAAGAGUGGAACUUGUUUCCACUAAGAACAGUAGGGGCAUCUUCACUAGAACUAGCUUUGAACAAGGUAUAGAUUUAGAUGUAGCUAUGAUGGCUGCAGGUUGUUGAGUGUAAUAUGACCAACUGCAGCUGGUGUGUUAUACCGAAGGGUGGUUAUACGGGCAAUACAAGACAGAUACACAAGCUGGUGUGUUGUGCCAAAGGGAAGCUGUGCAGAUAUUAAAAGUCAGGGUAGGUUGCUGGGUGGGGGAGAUGUUUUUCCAAAGGGUGUGAGCAGCUAGAAUGACACUCCAGACUACAUGAAGGGUGUUCAGAUACUGGGUUACAUGUGUGUAGGUCAGUUUUUGGAAGGCUGGGUCAGUAGAGAAAAAGUGAGACGUGUAGGCUAUACCAUAGCGAAGGUUCUGGAAGAUUUUAAAAAUAAACGGGCAGACAUUUUGAUAAAAACACCCCGAAGGUCAGCAAUACUCAAAAGCUUUUCAAAUUUGAAAGGUUUUGUUAUCACAAAUGGAGAGCAAAGUUGAAUAAGUCAGCUGCAGACUUGAAAGACAAUGUACCCUGAAAUAAAUUCUUACUAGCAUGGCAAAGGUCAUAUUAACUUAUUCAGAAUCAGUCGAAACACUUGAAUUGGUAUAAGAGGUAUGUAGGUUUCCACUACAAAAGUGGAAAGAAAAAGGGAAGUAAAAUUGAGUACCGUGUUAGAGUUUAAAAUUGCUCUGAAAUAAAAGAAAAACAGAAAAAGGAAGUGUCACAGUGCUUGAGUAUUGAACCCACAAAAGUGCCCUUAAAUUUGAGAAACAGAAAGGAGAGAAUGAGCAAGUUGAGUGCCAAAAGGGUUGGGCAUUGAACUCCCAAAAGUGCUCCGAAUUGAAAAGAAAAAGAAAGGAAAGUGAGAGAAAAGCAAAGUUGAUUGCCAGAAGGGUUGUUGGUUGUACCCUGAAAUAGAUUCUUUGUAAACUGUUCUACAACCAAGAAAGAUUACUUUAAAAUAAAAGAAAAAAAUGGAAAUUGAGUACCAUAUUGGUUGAGCAUUGAACACAUAAAAUUGUUCUAAAAAAGAUGAACAAACAUGAAAGAAAAGCUCAGUGCCUAAUGGUUUGAGCAUGAACUCCCAAAAGUGCUCUGAAUAGAAAAGAAAGAGAAAGGAAAGUGAGAGAACAGUAAAGUUGAUUUGCCAGAAGGGUUGAUGGUUGAAUGGCGGCGGCAAGCAUUAGGACCAUGGCACGUGUGGUCGUGGACUCUCGAGUGUGAUGCAGAAUCGAAUGUUUCUCCACAAUCUCACUGAUCGUAUCCUCUGUGUGGCUGUGUCCAUAUAUAGGUGUGAUACUACAUUUCUAGGAGAGACCCUACUAUCUAACCCACACAGGGCCUAACUUUAGGCCCCUGGACUACGUAGCUCCAAGCCAAGCCGCUCUGCUUCUGCUGUUGCAGUGGUGGAGAGGACCAUAACAGCAUGAAGGAUGAAGGGUGAACAUAUAACAUGUGAUGCCAAUGUGUACUACAGGUACAGGAAUCGGCUAUGGCAUGGUGGUAGUGUCAGGCCUGGUCUGUAUUUACUACAACGUUAUAAUCGCCUGGACCCUGCACUUCCUCUUCUCCUCCUUCACGUCGGCUCUGCCCUGGGCCAGCUGUGACAACCCCUGGAACACGGAGAACUGCACCCUCGCCGCUAACCACUCUGCACUGGAGGAGAACGUCACACGUAUCUCACCUACACAGGAGUACUGGAAUAACCGUGUUCUGGGCAUCUCGGCCGGUAUCGAGGAGACGGGGACGGUUCAGUGGGAGCUGGCGCUAUGCCUGCUGGGAGCCUGGGUCGUCGUCUUCUUCUGCCUCUUCAAGGGCAUCAAGUCAUCUGGAAAGGUUGUGUACUUCACUGCCACGUUCCCCUACAUGAUGCUGAUAGUUCUGUUCCUGCGCGGGGUUACCCUGGAGGGUGCUGGGAAGGGUCUGGUGUACUACCUGACUCCUGACUUCAGCCGCCUGGCCGACUCUCAGGUGUGGUAUGACGCUGCCUCCCAGAUCUUCUACUCUCUGGGGAUUGCUUUCGGCGGGACCCAAGUCAUGGCCAGCUACAACAAGUUCAACAACAACACUCACAGGGAUUCUGUGUUCAUCGCGCUGAGUAACUGCUGCACCAGUGUGUUUGCCGGUGUUGUUGUGUUCUCCAUCCUGGGCCACAUGGCUCACAAGCUGGACAUGGACGUCAAGGAUGUGGUCGCAAACGGCCCUGGCCUUGUGUUUGUUGCGUACCCCGAGGCCCUGACUCUGCUGCCGGUCGCCCCACUCUGGUCCGUCCUGUUCUUCUUCAUGAUCUUCACUGUAGGACUCGACACUCAGUUUGUGAUGCUUGAGACCUGCAUUACUGGCAUCUGUGACGAGUUUCCCCACAUCAUGCAGAAGUACAAGACAUGGGUGCUGCUGGUCGUGUCUGUCGCCAUGUACCUCCUCGGACUCACCUGUGUCACCAACGCCGGCAUGUACUGGCUGAACCUGAUGGACUGGUACUCAGCUGGCUUCUCCCUGAUGGUCCUGGCUUUCUUCAUGUGUGUGGCCAUCUCAUGGGUGUACGGAUUCCAGCGCUUCUGCAAGAACGUUCAGGAGAUGAUCGGCUACCAGCCCAACUACUACUUCAAGAUCUGCUGGGCUGUCAUCUCUCCCAUGGUCCUACUGUUCAUUGUAGUGUUCAGCAUGGUGGUGCACGUGCCUGCGUACUACGGAGACUACCAGUACCCCGGCUGGGCCAUCUGUAUCGGCUGGUUCAUGGCUCUGCUGUCCAUCAUUAUGGUGCCCCUGUUUGCGGUUCUCGCCAUCCUCAAGGCCAAGGGCAGCUUCAUGGAACGGCUACGCUAUGCCUGUGAGUCCUCAGACGACUGGGGUCCCGCCCUGGUGAGCACCAGCAGUGCAGAGUCCUCACAGUCGGAACCGGAGAAGAAAGUUCCCCUCCAGGACACAGAAGGAACAGGCAACUCCUACAUCUCCACCAUCUAGCAGGCCAACCCUUAAAACCCGCCUAACACAGGGCUCUAGCCGGCAACCAGUUUUUCCUCAAUCCCAGGGACUUUGUGGCGUUUGCUGGAAAAAUUCUUAAACCAAACCGUCAACUUCCUUCUUCGGUCAUCCUCGUCAUAAGGUGUAGCAGGAGAAGUUCUGUUUUCGGUUCUGUUUGUCAGUCAAUGCAGACAGAAGUUCAGGUCCUUCUAAACCAGUUUCAGAUUCUAUGAGUCUUUGAGAGUUGUGGUUAGAAGACCGAUCCUCCUUUUCACAUCCGGAGUCUGUCAACUUUGAUGGACAAAAUUGACAAAAAUUUUGGGUAGAAAUAUAAAAAACGUCCAAAGGACCACCAACAAUCACUCUUAUUCCCAUGAUUUGCCUCUCAAAAUGUGGGAAAUUGCAUUUUUAAAGGCUUGGAAAUCCAAAAAUUUGUCCCCGGACCUCCAAAAUUGCGAGCACUCUUCCCCCAAGUCCGAUGACCAAGUCCAACCUGGGUUGACGGAAAAAGAUUUAGAGCUGGCUAGAGCCCUGGCCUAACACCUGUGAAAAGAAGUACCUUACUCCUGAUAUUACUAUUUGAGGAUAAUAUAUUGCCUAGUUGAUAAGGAUGUUCAGAUUUGCCUACUGUAGAGAGUGUGUUUGGAUGGGUGUGAAAGCAGACACUUGGCUUCAAGAAUGCCCCCCACCCCCACCCCAAAAAAUGUUAUUGGACCCAAAACAGAAACCUUUUCAGUACUAUUGGUGCUGUUUUCUCUGCAACAGUUUAGAAGUGAGCACUUAAGACUUCAAAACCUUUCAAAGGGACUCAGGAUGUGUUCAUACCAAUUUGGACAGCCUAAAGAAUGCCCCCCACCCCCACCCCCAAAAAAUUGUUAUUGGACCCAAAAACGGAAACCAUUUUCAGUACUAGCGGUGCUGUUUUUCUCUGCAACAGUGAACACUUAACUGUUCGCAAACCUUUCAAAGGGACUCAGGCUGUGUUCAUACCAAUUUGGAUAGCCUAAAGUUACUUACAAAUACUGGAUACUACUACUACCACAUGUACCAGAGUCUAUACAAAACAAUAUUUUACAUUUGGAUAGUCUACAAAGACUGGAUACUACUUCCACAGUCUGCAAAACAGUGUUUUUCUUAAAGUCUCUCCCUGUCCCCUAAUAAGGAAGGCAUGAAAUGUCUGCUUGGUCGUUGUGUAGUCGUGGAAGCCGCUCUGCUCACUUCUGGUUCACCUUGAACUUGUAAGUUCCGAACCCCCCAUAUUGGGGUGACCCUUGGGUAGGGUGUCGUCCAGAGAUUGUUCGUUUCAUGUACAUUAGUUCCUGAUUUUUGUUUAUGGUACAGUAACUGUUAUGUACACUGUUUUCAGUGUACAGUGAGCUAAUAUCAUUACAGUUAACAAAUGAUUCCAUGGACUUUCUUUUUCCUGCUCCUGUCGCCACUGUGAAUAGACAGUUCAAUGAACAUGUCCAUUUUUCUCAGACCGUAAACUUUUGCUACCAUGAACAUAAAGUGAAUUACAGUACUUCAGAAAAAAAACUUCUCAAGGCUCUGCUGAGAAACUUAGAGAUUCCCACAUUCCUGUCAUUUUGGGCUUUGCAGCAGAAGUUAAAGAUGAUGGAGAAACUAAGAGAAUGUACAGUUUGGACCUACAGUACUUUUUUGUGAAAAUAGUCAAACCUUGUUUGCACAGUGAUGAGACUUGGCUUUCAUUACUAAAGCAUUUUGAGCAUUUCCAAUCCGGUAAACUUGUUCGAAGACAAGUUUUGCGCUUCUCGGUUUUAAGAAACUCACAAACGAGCAAGAAAUUUUUUUAUGCUUGCAACACUUCAGUGAGUUCUUCGAAGCAUGUUCCUACACUUGUCCUGGACGGCACCCUCCCCAAGCCUCUAUCUGCGUACUACAGAAAUAGCCUUUAUUUUGUGGAAAGUGUACCUCACUAGAACCAACCCUUAAGGUUAAUUAGCUGGGUGUGUUUAAGAGCACUUAACGGCACAUAAUUAAGUAAUAGGGAAAUGAAACAAAACCAGGGUCCAAAUGUUAAGUAUUAAAUAAGGGUGUUUGAGUGUGUGAUGUGGUUGUGACAGGAAAACACGUAAAUCUUGGAUGUUUUUUGUAAGGAAAUUACAUGUACUUGAGGAUGACCUGUAUAUGAUAAUUAUGCCUGUUUCGCUGCAUACAUGACCACAGUCGUGGAUUGCCAUAACAUCUUCUCUAUGAAGCUUAUAUUUUUUCGUAUCACAAUCAGCACGAAUCAUGGAAAUGGCAUCGGAAGUUUCUACUAGCUCGUGACAGAAUAGUAACAAAAGUAUGUUCCUUUGCCGCCAACAUUCAACUGAUUUGUUGGGAAAGCAACAGAAAAUGCACUUGUCGAAAGCAGAAUAUUGCCAUUAUUUAUUUUUCUGCUUAACAGCUUGCUUUCUAGUUAUGUGAUGUGGAAAAGCUAGAUGCUUGCGAGCUUAAGAUUAGUGAUUAAAAGUGGAACUACUGUAUACUACAUCAUUGCAGAAUGUCUUGCACUUAUGCGGAAUGAUUGUCAGUAGUAGUUCCUUACCUCAUAUGGAGCAAUAAUAUAACACCAAGGCUUUGUACAUGUACAUUGUAUUUAGAUGCAACCCUUUGUACAUGUACUUUAUGUGGUUGCAAAUCGGCUGCAUUUUUGCUCUAUGAGGGUUUAUGCAGCCUGUCGCUGUGCCAUAACUGCAUUAUGUAUUAAUUACUGUAUAUAUACGUGGGACUUGCCCCAUGUUUGACAUGUGGUCUGCAUUUUGUACUUUUAAGAUGAGCCCGUCAAUGUGUAGCAUGGAAGGUUCAUCUGUGUAAAGCUUUAGCUGCUUGCUGCAACUUGUCUUGGAACAAAUCCUGAACACAAAAGCACUUGGUUGCACCCAAAAUUUUUAUAACCUUUGCAAAACAAUGAGUCGAUCUGUUGCUAUUUUGUAUUUGUUUCGUUAUUUAUUUAUCUAUCUGUCAAUCCACCAUGCACAUUGUGCAAAUAACACAUGGGUAUAGCAGUGGCACAUCUGUUCCAAGUAUGAGUGUUGGAAGAUGCAGUUCAGGAUUUGAUCCAAAAGGGGCCAACGCUCUGUAACAAAUUGUUUGUAACCACUUUCUGUUGCAACUUAGUCCACCAUGGAUAGUAUGGCUACGUCUUUGCAGUGUCCAUCGUCAGCUUUAGCUGCUUUGUUGUAGCCUCCACCAGGUUUUCUUGGGGCACAGAUUGUAGAAUUUCGUAAAAAAAAGGGGAAUAGUCUGCCAGAAGAGUCAGUCUCUAUGGUGGCUAAACUCCCAUAGUCAAUUAUUCUCCCUAUUGGCUAAAUUUUACUUUUUUUGAACCCACUUUGUUAGCCUGGUGGAGACUAGCUUUGUGAAAUGUGUCUUCUGUGUUUUGCGUAACUCUCCGUCUUUUGUUUUCCCUGCUGUGUUUCUUUCUGUGUGUCUCGCCCUUCCCUUCCCUCGUCACCAACAGGGCAGAAGGAGAGGUUGGUCCCGCGAAGUUGGUCCGGUCACCAGAGAGAGCGUUACCGAGUGGCCAUCGAGGCUUACAUCUGACCUCGUCUGUAACCCAAACUCUCUGUCCAGAGUCCCUUGCAAGCAACUUGUGACUCUUUGUUGUCUACGAUGUCUUGUCUUCUUUACUUCCCUACUUCUUUACACCCUUAGCCUUCUGAAGGUUAAUCCUAAGUACUCCACCUUUUUACCUCACGGUUUCGCAGGGUUAACCAUUUGCUUAACGUUGACCCUUCCGUGCCAUGUCUAUCUGUAGUGUGUUAGUUACUAGUAGUUUUGCUGCUAUCCUCUUUGCAUCCGUAAGUAAAAGCACGGCCCAUUGCUGGACAUUGGCGUUGUAGUAGUUUUGGACACUUUUAUGCAGAUGUACACAUUUGUUGCUUUACCGCUGUUGCCAAAGUUUGUCUCGGUUGCAGAUACUUGUCACAUGGACAGAUGUAUCAAAGAGGAUUUGCUGUAUUUUUUCUUAUUUUAUUAUUAAGUUUGCAUUUUUGUAUGUCGUAGGCAGCUUUCAGUGUAAAGAAUUUACCUCUGCAUCCACUCCAUUGUAAAGCUUUUGAUAAGGAAUAUGUGCUUAAGUACAGUUUUAGGAGAAGUCCAAGAAUCUUGUCCAUAUUCAAUAUGCUGGAAAAAUAAGUUGUGAUGUAAAACACCAAAAAAAUCAAGAAUUGUGAUUGUAGAGUGUACAAUUCCCAUUUCUGAAAUUGAUGCAGGUACGACUGCAUGGCCUUAUAGUAACGAUGGUGGAUGAUUAUACUCAAGGAAAAUUUCUAUCUUUAAGUAAGGCAGGUGUUUGUAUAUAUAUUGAAAGAUUCUACCUUUAAGAAUUGUGCUGAAGGUACCAAAGUUUGGUCACUUGGUCCUUGUCUUACAAAAUUGUCUUUGUGACUUAAGGUUCUGAUUGAGAUUCUGACAAGAAAAGGGAUCAAGAACCAAGUGACAGACUUUGUGUUGCCCUUAGGAAGAAUUUAAGAAGUGAAUUGUACUUAAAACAUUCUCUGGUGUUGCAAGCUCUAGAUCAAGUAUGUUGCUUACCUUGUUAUGUAUUACUGCUCAAUGCUUUGCUAGUGGAAGCUAUUAUAGUGUAUAUGUUGGCUAAAAAGUUUAUUUUUGAAUGCAUGGCAAGUCUGAGUCUUUCUGUAACAGGCACCAUUUCUAUGAUCAGUGGUAAAAAGGGUUCUCUGUGGAUGGAUUGUAAAA